AUGGCAAUCAUCAAAAAUCAAAGAACCAACACGGCGGCAAGACCAGCUCAAACACCAUCUAUUUCAUCACCAGCUCCAUCAUCGUCCAAUGAAAAACCUCUCCGACAUGUCGCCUCUGGAGCGGUUGCAGCCAAGAAACCUCCUGCAUCAUCAAAACUAACAACGACCAUUCUUGUUAAACAAGAGAACAACGUCAAGACACAAUCAUCAUCAUCCACCAAAGCCUGCAAAUCCAACAAAACCAACACAACCAAACAACCCAACAAUACUACUGAUCAUGUGAAUUCAAUGAAUGUGGACACUAGUAAUGAUGUUGUUGACAUCUCCAUCAACGUGAUACGACCUUUGAAUGCACCAAGGUCUGAAGCAAUUCAGCAAAAAUUCACAACCAACAAACAACAACAAUCCAUAACUGGAUCAUCUUCUAUAAUAUCACCACCACAUGCCAACUCUUCGAUCCACUCCACCACAAGAUCUCCAUUGAAAAGACUCAUUUCACAACUCUCCCGAAUCAUCCCCUCAUCAUCAGAUUCUUUAUCCACCAUCUUGAAUGAAAUUGAUCAAUAUUUGGAAGAAUCUGAAUUUUCAACCUCUUCAUCACUCGUCAAGUUCUUUUUUGACAUGAUACAAUCCGAAGAUGUGGAAGCAGUGGUGAGAGCCUUUCAAUACUUGAUACUUGAAGAAUAUUUCUACACAUGCAAGCAAGAAGAGUCGAAUAGAUCCUCCCAAUGCUUAUUAUGA